UAUAAGAAGUACACAACCAAAUAAAGUUUAUGUUUUUAUGCUAUGGGAACUUGUGAUUUGGACAGGCAAAUAGAACAACUGCGAAGAUGUGAAAUCAUUAAAGAAUCUGAAGUUAGAACCUUAUGUGCUAAAGCUAGAGAAAUUUUAAUUGAGGAAAGUAAUGUGCAAAGAGUUGAUUCACCUGUUACUGUGUGUGGAGAUAUCCAUGGACAGUUUUAUGACUUGAAAGAACUUUUUAAGGUUGGUGGCGAUGUUCCAGAAACCAAUUAUCUUUUUAUGGGGGAUUUUGUUGAUAGAGGAUUUUACAGUGUGGAAACUUUCUUAUUACUUUUAGCACUUAAGGUUAGAUAUCCAGAUAGAAUAACAUUAAUUAGGGGCAACCAUGAAAGUCGUCAGAUUACUCAGGUUUAUGGGUUUUAUGAUGAAUGUGUUCGCAAAUAUGGCUCUGUGACUGUUUGGAGAUAUUGUACUGAGGUUUUUGACUACUUAAGUUUAUCUGCCAUUAUAGAUGACAAGAUAUUUUGUGUGCAUGGUGGUCUUUCGCCAUCAAUUACUACACUUGAACAGAUUCGUACUUUGGAUAGAAAACAAGAAGUGCCUCAUGAUGGACCAAUGUGUGAUCUUCUUUGGUCUGAUCCAGAAGACAAACAAGGUUGGGGUGUUAGCCCACGUGGUGCUGGUUUUUUGUUUGGGAGUGAUGUUGUACAGCAGUUCAAUGUAAAAAACAAUAUAGAACUUAUUUGUCGAGCCCAUCAGUUAGUAAUGGAAGGAUUUAAAUGGCAUUUUAAUGAAACGGUGCUCACUGUAUGGUCUGCCCCUAAUUAUUGUUACAGAUGUGGUAAUGUUGCUGCAAUUCUUGAACUAGAUGAGCAUUUAAAAAAAGAUUUUACAAUAUUUGAAGCAGCGCCUCAGGAAUCACGCGAGCUGCCUGCUAAAAGACCACAAGCAGAUUACUUUUUGUGAUGUUUUUGUAAAUUAGAAUUUCGUCAAAGUUUUAAAAAUAGAGAAUAUGCGGUGCAAAACGCGCAUUGUUAAUAAAAUAUUUUUAUUUCUAUUACAUUUUUUUUUAUUCUUACCUGAAAACAAGAAAAGCGGUUAGUUGAAACGAACAUAUUCGCAACUAGACGCUUAUCUUUUCAUAGAAUUGUUAUUUAUUGUACGAGUUAUAUUAUAAAAAGUAACAAAUAUAAUGCGAA